AUGCCCGAAAGUCAAAGUGCAGGAUCGUUGCUUUCUGGCUUGCAGCAGGCCUGCUUGGUCGCGGCCUCCUUCCUCGUGCAGGUGGUGGUCUUGGGGCUCUUCUACUCCUAUGGCACACUUUUCGCCGCACUGAAGGCAGACACGGGUGAUGCAGCCAGCACCUUGGCCCUUGUGGGGUCGAUUCGGGACUUCCUGUCCCACAUAUGCACUGCACCGGCUGGAUUUGUGGUCCAGCGUGUCGGCUUCGUCCGGUUGGCUGCCAUUGGGACAGCUUUACUUCUGCUGGGCAUGCUUGCCGACAGCUACGCCCCCUCCAGCUACUUCCUCUUCAUAACCUGUAGUUCGGUUGGUGGGGUAGCCAUGGCCAUUCUCUUCACGGCAGCCCUGGCAGUCCUCUAUGGUCCAGGCCAUAUCAACCCGAGCUUUCUGCCUGUGGCUGUAGGUCUGGCUUCGUCUGGCGGAGGUCUUGGAACUGUCGUGGUUAACCUGGGCCUCAAUCUACUGCUGGAUAGCUUCAGUUGGAGGGGUGCGCUUCGGAUUUGCUGCGGGGCGUUUGGCCUUCUGCUGCUUGUUGCCCUGACGGCUCUCUGGUGCAGUCUUCGCCACCAAGAGCAGGCCAAAGAAUCUACCACCAACUGUAGAGAGUUGAGGAGCUACAGAGAUGUCCGAGACUUCUUACAGCCUUUCGGAGACUUGCAGUUCUUGCUACUCAACGCCGCUUUGUUUCUUUAUGGCAUUGGCUUCAUGGUGCCUUACACGCACCUUGUGUACUUUGCUGAAACAGAGAGGGGCCUGGAUAUUUCAACAGAGCUAACUUCACUUCUUGGGGUAUCAGGUGCAGCUGCCCGUCUUUGCUUUGGCCUCGUCUCUACAUUUGUGAGGCCUUCGAGGCUUUUGUUAGUCGUGCUGCUCGCGCAAGGGACAUCGUUAAUUUGUUUGCCCUUCUGCGAAGCCGCCGCAGAACUGAAGGCCUUCUCUGCCGUUUAUGGCUGCUGUUCCGGAGGCCGCGUUGUUUUGUUGUCGUUGGUUAUGAACGAGCUUUUCGAUGCGCAGCGAGUAGCGCACCUCUAUGGCCUUGCCAGCAUUCCGCUUGCAGUCGGCACGCUUCUUGGGCCCACCUUUGUCGGCAAGGUGUACGACCUCAGUGGCCACUAUGACGGCGCUUUCUUCGCAGCGGGUGGGAUCGUGCUCUUGGGCGUCCCUUUAUUUUGCCUUGCAGUCUUCUGUCGGCGUUCCAUCGAGAAGCCUUCGUUGGUUAUGGAAGACCCGGCAAAGGCAGAUCAUCGAGAUCAUGUGAUUCCGUCGUGCGAUGCAUCGGAUGAAUUCCAGGGUGUAAAUGAUGUAAAGUGCAAACUUUAA